AGUGCAGCUCCGACAUUCCCGGCGGGAGGGUGUGUCGCGUCUCAGACCAUUCUGUCAGCGGUCUCUGUUCUUGAGCCUCCUUUUGUUUGCCUAAGUUCUCCUCAACCGACUGCCUCAAGUGCGACCACGUGACCAGCUGAUGGUUUGCAGGGGAAGGGAAAGUUACAGCGCUCAUCAGCAUACAAAGAGGCUCGGGUGGCGUGUAUGGUUCUCUGAGGUAGGUCAGUUCAUCAGGGGCAACAGGUGGUCAGGGUCAUGGCGCGGCCUGGUCUGCCCUGACCUGGGUCGACCUCACCUCACACACCGCCACGAACACCUUUAAUCAGUCGGUGAUUAAAUUAAAUGUGAUGAUCUUACUCUGCUGGAAUUCAAGAUGUUAGAUCCACAGUAGCACAAAGGAUGGAUGAACUGUAUAAUUUGUUAACAACGCAAUUUGUAAUUCACUAAUUUAAAGAUACUACAUACUCAGUAACGGAGAAAAAGCAAGAAGGAAGAUACGCGGCCACAAAGACUCGAGGAAGACUUGGGCGAGUUAGGAUAUCAAGAGAUAAUGUCAUGCGAGUCGCAAGGUAUUGAAAGACAACAGUAAAAGUCUGGAGCGCGUCGAGGAACUCUGCCUUGCUCCUGGACGCACACACACACAGCGCAGCGUCAGGAUGUGAGAAAGUCAAGUGGGCAGCCCGGUGCGGUGAGUGGAAGAGAAGCGGCGUUCAUCCCGUCCUGCAUGAUGCCGAGCCAAGGUGCCAACUGAUAUACCGAGGCACUGUCAGGCCUGCCAGCAAAAAGGGGGAGCUCACCGACACGUGUCUUAGCUAACAGUGCCACACAGUUCCAGUGACGAGACAAAGCAGCAUCCACAUGACCACUGACAGAACACCGGCAUGAUGAGUGGACACGCGCACAUUUACCGUCCCAACCAUUCAUCCACAAUGGCAAUGAACAACCACUCAUAACUCAGAAAGGGAAUCAGACAUAAUGUUUGGGGUUAUUUUUUUCCUAACGUAAGUGUUGUCGUUUAAUCCAAUACUCCCCUCACAAAAACAACACCACGCCUAGCCUGAUGUUGAGUCCAAGGGUUGAUGUUACACGUGACGAGAUAACGAAAUGAACAUGACACUGAAAAUGGGUGGGCGUAAUUAAGCAAGUGCCAGGUGUGAGGUGUGAGUCCUGAGCCCCGCCAGGUACCGACAUGCCCCUGUGAGCCGCCACCAGGGACUGCAAGGCCGCCGAGAACUGCACUAGAGUAAGGGGCUGCAGUAGACGUGCCACCAUGAGGAUCGGCCUUGUCCUCGUUCUGUCCUCGCUCCUCAAUAGGAUGGCCGGGGCGGUGACCAUCGUGAGGCUGAGCGUGCCCCGAGCUGUGGAGGCCAACACGACCCCUGUGGUGCUCGACUGUGACUUCCAGGUGCACGAGUGGGAGCGACCCGGCCUCGUCCUUAAGUGGUACGUGGACAAGGUGCAGCUGGUGUACCAAUGGAUCCCGCCGCGGGCACCCCAAGCCCUGGGCGUGCUGGCUGGCCACAUCGACACCACCUUCACCGUCUCGAGGGAUCCCUGGGCAGCCUACCGGGCACUCUACAUUCCUCGCCCACACCCGGUGUUGUCCGGCCAGUACUCCUGCACCGUCAGCACCUUCGAGGACGAGGACACUCAGUCAGCACAGUUCCUCGUUUGGAAGGCCCCCCGGCGGGUGGAGCUGAAGUACUGGCGUCCCUCGGAACACCUCGUCAACAUCACCUGCCACACGUCCGGGGCGGCACCGAGACCCAAGUUUACCUUAUUUACUCAUGACCUCAACGGAACCAACAAACAGGACGUGGGCGUUCGAGGGCAAGAAGGGGAGCGCGUGGACGGCUUGUGGCAGGCGGGGGCGUGGGGCCUCAUUGCGUGGGCUGAGACGCCGGCAGAGACGGUGGUGGGUUGCACGCUGACCCUGCCUGGCACCAAGCAGACCCACACCACCACUAGGGCCUACUACCCAGACCUGCCCAUCCUCACCACCACCACCACCGAGGCGGCCACCGUGAGGAGCGACGCCCCCAGCCAGUGGGCCAACGGAUCCCACGACUCUCCGGGCGCCGCCACCAGCUUCUUCGCCAGCAGCGGAAGGAGCGAGCUGCUGUCAUCCACCUGUUGCGGCAACUGGCCUAUGUACGCACACACGUGGUGGCGGCGGCGUGGGCGGUGCGGCGGUGGGUGGCGCUGGCGGUGCCUUGAACCAGUGGUGCGGACCCGUGGGCGGCGAGGUCUGGCUGGCGUGACCUGCUGGCGCCCCGAGUGAUCAUGUCUGAGAGAGGACGCACCUCCAGAACAUUGCUUUAUACUUUAGGUGUGAUAAACGUUCAUCUUUAGAGUAAGUGAGCUUUUCUAAGGCAUUCAUGGUGUCGUUGUGGCUUAGUCGAAAAUAAUACGGUGUAUAUUCUUCCCUUCACAAAUAAGAAAUCUUAGAGAGGAAAAGUUUGCGGUUCCAUCUGAAUUCUGUCAUACGAGUAUAUUUGUUUUGACUCUUAUGCGCGCCACGCAGCAGCCUGGAGGGCACGCGCUCCCCUGUCCCGGGACAGGAGUGAGCUGCCCGGCGGUGGACUUGCCACAGGGCAGCAGCGAGGCAUCCUGUUACACUGAGUACGUUGUGAAAGCUAUGUGACUGUGAAGUGAACUUUGAUACAUUAAUUUCUUGGUUGUCUUGUGUCAAAUAUUUUUCCAUCGAGUGUGUGGUCACUACUUCAAAAAUAGUAAUAACAUGUAUACCUAGAGUAACAUCACGGGUUCCCUGUGUGUGCAUACUGUGCCGAGCGUUGAUAUCGAGGCAGGAUGGCGUCGUAAUCGUGUUCACUUACUUAAAUUUACAUCCUAGGAAGAUUAAUUUUGUUUGGAUGCAAAUGUAAUUAGUGUGCGUAAGAUCUUUGAUUGUAACAGUGUUUUGCGCAUCAGUGUAAAUGUAUAUUUGUGGGGAAAAUUUACUCUUCCAAGAGGAGAAUUAAGUGGUGUGGCAGCCACUGUCUUCUCUUCCAUCGACAAGCGGGGGGCGCGCACUACUGGGAGAAGGGAGGAAGCAGCGCCAUGUGAUGCCCCCUCCGCUCAGGGCCGCGGCGCCUCCACGUCCUGGCAGGGCUGCAGUUCCUUGGCCUGAAGAGGAUCAUGUGAUAACGUUCUUCAUUCAGUGUGUCUUUCACUGGUUCCUGUUGCCAACAAAACCGAGACUUUUUGAACGUUCACUGUACCUGUGUGCCGCAUCCUCGUAACCAUAUGCAUGCUUUGACAAAACGUUUACAAACAGGGUAUAUUCCUUGCUCUCAAUUGACUAUUUCAUUACAAAACACGUUUGUAGCCACUAGAAUAAAACUGUCAGACACUUCCGUU